AGCGGAUCGAUACCUGCCGUCAGGUAGCUCUGCUGCAGCCGCUCUUCUCAGUCAGUGUUGUGUGUGGAGCUCAGAGCGCUUCUUCAGGAUGAAGGUGUGUGUUCUCCUCCUGUGUGUGUGCUGCCUUUGCUGGAGGACACAGGCACAGCCCAAAUCGUAUCUGGUGACUGCUCCUUCCUCAUUCCGCGUGGACGCAUUAGAGACUGUGUUUGUUCAGCUGUUUGGCUACACCAGUGAGGUGACUGUCUUUGUGUUCCUGAAAGACUCCAUGGCUCCAGGUCAUACAGUUUUGUCCAGAGAUGUCUUGAUCCUAAAUGCCAACAACAAGUACCAGGCCUUAGCCAACGUCCAGCUCUAUCCAAACGUGCUGAAAAAGGACAUCCAAAAAGUUGUUCUUCAUGUCCAGUCAGACGAGAUCAACAGUCAUGUUUUAGUCCCUGUGAGUCGCAAUAACGGCUUCUUGUUCAUCCAAACCGACAAACCUCUGUACACGCCGCAUCAGAAAGUCAAAGUGAGAGCAUUCUCCAUGAACCAGGAGCUGAGGCCUGCCAAUCGCAGCGUCUUCUUGACCUUCAAGGACCCUGACAUGAUAACUGUGGAUGUUGUAGAGAUGGUUGACAUCAACAAUGGAAUCCCAACGAUGCAGAAACGCUUCAAAAUCCCCAUCAAACCAAAGUUGGGAAUCUGGACAAUUGAAGCUUCCUAUUCAGAGGACUUCACAACAACAACAAAAACCGACUUUGAAGUUAAAGAGUAUGUUCUCCCCAGUAUUGACAUCUCAGUGCAGCCAAGUUCAAACUUCAUCAGUGACACAAACUUCAACAGUUUUGAGUUUACCGUAACUGCCAGGUAUGUUCAUGGAGCCCCGGUGGCUGAUGGGGAAGUCUUUCUCCGCUAUGGCUAUGUCAGUGGAAUGAACGCUCCGUAUAUCAUCCCCAACCUGGUCAGAAGAGAGAGACUGUUAUCUUCUGGUGAGGUGGAAGUGAGUUUAGACAUGCAGGAGGUUCUGAGCAAGCAUGACGGACCAAGAGAGCUCAGCAGCCUGGUUGGAAAGUAUCUGUACAUAGCAGUGCUGGUGCAGGAAGACACAGGUGGCAUCAGCCAGGAAGCAGAGUUUGCCUCUGUGAAGUUCCUCAAGUCGCCGUACCAUCUCCGUCUAAUAUCGACUCCUCCUUUCAUCAAACCUGGACUUCCUUAUAACAUCCAGUUGGUGGUCAAGGAUCACCUUGAUAAGCCGGUCAGCAAGAUGUUUGUGCGCCUGGUGGAACAACAACAGACCACAUCGACAGGAGAGACCAACACACUGGACUGUGGAAACAAUGAGCAUUUAAGAAGCAACUCUGAUGGUUUAAUUUAUUUGAUCUGCUUGCCAUGGAAGACCUCUGUAAAGGCAGUCAUAAAGUUUCAGACAGCAGACCCGGGCCUUGCAGAAGCUAACCAGGCUACUUUAUCCCUGGAAUCUGUGGCCUAUCACUCCCCAAACCAGCGGUACCUCUACAUCAACACACCGAUGUUUGGUCGAAGCUUGGUGGUAGGCGAAGACACCCAGGUUCACGUGCAAACAGCUUCACCUUCAUAUUUGAACAUUCAAGCCCUCAACUACCUGAUCCUCUCCAAAGGGAAGGUGGUGUUUCACAAAAGUGUGGACUUUGUCCAAAGUCUCGAUGGCAGAAGCAGUCUGAACUUCAUGGUAACACCAUCCAUGGUGCCAUCCAUCAGACUGUUGGUAUUUUACAUUCUGCAUGGGGAGGGGACCUCUGAGCUGGUGGCCGACUCUGUCUGGAUAGAUGUCAAGGACAAGUGUGUCAACGGACUCAAGACCAGCGUGACUGUUGAUACAAGAAUCCACAAGCCAAAAGAGAACCUGCAGGUGGAGAUCAGGGCCAAUCAGCCGGGUCUGGUGGCUUUAUCAGUGGUGGACUCCGCCGUUUACAGCGUACGCCGAAACUACAAAGACCCGAUUUCCAUGGUCAUGCGUCACAUUGAACAAAGCGACCAAGGCUGUGGAGGAGGCGGUGGCAAAGACAAUGCAGAUGUCUUCCGAUUGGCUGGCCUGACCUUUAUGACCAACGCCAACGCUCAGGCGACAUCUAUCAACGAAGCGUGCACAGCGGCCGUGCGUCCUAAACGAGCUCUGAGUGAAGAGGCCAAGAGAACAAAAGCUCAGAGCUUCGGCUUCUUUAAGCCAUGCUGCGAGAGGGGGAUGCAGUACAUUCCCAGGAGUGUGACCUGCCGACAGUUUGCCCUGCAGCAUUACAGGAGCAAUCCCCGCUGCAGAGAAGUCUUCAGAGAAUGCUGCGAGUUCUACCAGAAAAACAAGGAUGACGGAGAUCUGAUCCUGGCGCGCCAUGACAUAGGGGUCAACUUUGACAAGGCCCCCCAGGUGCGAAGCUACUUUCCAGAGAGCUGGAUGUGGGAGGUGCAACCCAUCAGCUCAGGAAGGCUGUCAGUCAGCGGAACACUUCCAGACUCUCUUACCACCUGGGAAAUUAAGGCUGUCGGGAUGUUUCCCAGUGGCGGCAUGUGUGUUGCGGAUGCAGCAAAGGUGUCGGUGAACCUGCCGCUCAGCGUGGACAUACCUCUGCCGUAUCAGGUGGUCAGGGGGGAGCAGGUGGUGCUGCAAGGCUCUGUUUACAACCAGCAGGAUAGACACAUUAAGUACUGUGUGACCCUGAUGGCCGGGCCGGCGGUGUGCCUGCUGCAGUCUCAGCCGCUGUCGGGGCAGCCGGGGAUGCACUCCACUGUCUGUAAAUGGAAUCACCUGUCUGCAAAUGGAGUGCGCAAAGUAGAAUUUACCCUCCUGGGGCUGGAGCCUGGCGUGCACACCCUGAGCUUCACUUUGAAGACAACUGAUGGAAUUCGGGACGUUUUGGAGAAAACCCUUCGAGUGGUGCCAGAAGGAGUGAGGCGGGAGGUGAAUUCUGGAGGGAGUCUUGAUCCACAGGGACUCUACGGUUCUACAAGGCUUAAAGUGGUUCUGAAGAACCAAAUGCCACCAAAUAUGGUUCCCAACUCUGCUGUGCAGAGAAUGCUAGCAAUAAACGGGGAGCUUCCAGGAGAUGUCGUUACCGUGUUAACCAAACCAGAUGGGAUUCAAACGCUCAUCGACUUACCGUUAGGCGUGGCCAUAGCAAAGCUGGACAGUCUGUUCCUGCUCACCCAGGUGUACCUGUACCUGGAGACCACAUCGAGCUGGGACAUGCUGGAAACAAAUUCCCAGAAGAGCUCAUCAGAUCUGAAACAGAAGAUUCGGGAUGGUCUGGUUGAUCUCAGUUCAAUCAAGAAUGGAGACUCCAGUUACAGUGUGUCAACAAAAGCAGAACCAAGCACCUGGGUCACGGCGAUGGCGGUGAAGGUUCUGGCUGUAGCGGAUUCUGUGAUGGAUGGUGGGUCGGUGGACCGUCAGUCUCUCUCUGAGUCCGUGACUUGGCUGAUUUCCAAGACCCAGCAGGAGGAUGGGUCUUUUUCUGAGAAGUCGUCCCUCAAACCCGACAGAGUCAUGGUGGAGGGGGCUGAUCCCGUAGAAAACUCUGUGUAUGUAACUUCUGUUGUGCUCAUCGCCUUGCAAAGAGCAAAAGAGAUCAGAGAUGAAAGACUGCGACUCCAGUUUCAUGACAUCAGCAGACGCUCAGCAGCUGGAUACCUCUCCCGGCACGCCAUGAAUGUGAAGAGCAUGUACGUGCGCGCGGUGGCAACCUACGCUCUGACCCUCCAUGAUCCCGACAGCACGGCGGUGUCUGAACUGCUCAGGAGCCUGGAGAACCGAGCUCGACAGAGAGGUAACCCUGUGGAACUCAGAUACUGGCAGGAGGCCGAUGUGACGGCAGACUGGAUAAAGCCUGACCAAUCCAGUGGUCAGACAGUGGAGACGACAGCAUACGUUCUCCUAACGAUGCUGCUAAAGGGGAGGAUCUCUUAUGCGAAUCCAAUCCUGUCGUGGCUGACUCAGGACCAGUACUACGGCGAUGGCUUCUUCUCUUCAACGGACGCGCUCAUGGCUCUGGAGGCGAUCACCGAGUACAAACGGGUCACGCCCCGAGCUGAACUCAAUCAGCAGAUCAACAUCCGCUACAACAGGAAGGGCGAGGUGAAGAGAGUUGCCCUGAACUCCAGGCAGCCUGUGGUUGCACCCAUCGAGGUUGCCCUGAACGAUGACAUCACCGUGUCCACAGGCUAUGGGAAGGGAGUGUCCAAUGUGAAGCUGAAGACGGUGUUCUAUCAGACGACAGCGUCCCUACAGACCAGAUGUAACUUUGAGCUCAACAUUGAGAUGUCGGGCUCCAGCCUCUCAGGCGGUUCUAGCGUGGAAGCUCCUCACCUGGCCGCCUGUGUGAAGUAUAAGCCCCCUGUAAACGAGGUGUCGACGGCGUCCUCUCUGACGGUGCUGAAGAUCCAGCUGCCAACAGGUGUGGAGCCGUAUUUGGACGACUUAAGAAAGUUCAUGGAGUCAGACGACCCCGUCAUCUCCCACUAUGAGCUCCAGGGACAGACAGUGGUCAUCUUAAUGGACACAGUUCCGUCUGAUAUCUUCCUGUGCGUUGGGUUCGGGGUCAGAACCAGGUUUAAGGUGGUUGGCGCCAACGACUGUCUGUUCACUGUGAGCGAGCGACAGGACAGAGGUAGCUUGUGCACCAAAGAGUUCUCUCCCCAGCACCAGAUGCUCCAGCGCCUCUGUGUGGGCGAACAGUGCCAGUGCAUGACGGCUGCGUGUGCGGCCUACAGGGGAAACGUUGACCUGACUCUGACACCAGUCAAACGCACAGAGGAGCUCUGCCAGCCUCACAUCAAAUACGGGCUGAUCGUGACGGUGAGGUCAGCGGCCUCAGAAGGAGACUUUAUGAUCUACUCUGCCUCUGUGGUUGAAGUCCUCAAGAAUACAGAAAAAGAUCUUGAAGCUUUAAAUCCUAAAUCUGAAGUGGAGUUGGUGAAAAAGGCGACGUGCACGAGCAUCAACCUUCAGGACAACAAACAGUACCUGGUGUUUGGAUCCAGAGGCUCAGAGAUCCAAAAUGGCCGACACUUCAAGUAUCGCUUGGCCUUGGAUUCGGAGGCGCUGGUGGAGCUCUUGUCCACAGACUGCAGCUCUGACUUGUGUCAGAAGCACAAAGCCCAGAUGGAGGAUUUUAGUAUUUACUUUAUGCUGAAUGAAUGUCUCUGAGAUGGAGGUUAGGCUGAUGUUUGUCUGUUCGGUGAAACUUCUUUCAUAAAAAUGUAAAAUAAAGGUUUAUAAACAUUG